AUGACGUCUUCUUUUACUGUUCUCGUCGGUGGUGGUGCUGUUCUUUCUGCCCCGUUUUCUUCGUCGUCGUCGUCCUCCUCCUCGAAGAGCGUUCGUCUCUCGACGCGUGCAACAACGCGCGAACGAGGACGCACACGACGACGUCUGAACAAAAUUCGUCUCGUCGCCGAUUCGAAGAAGAACGACGGCGAAGAGGAGGAAACGGAUUUUGAGAGUAAGAAAGAUGCAUGGUCGUCGUCAUCAUCGUCGUCAUCGAAAGCCAAAGACGACGACGACACCAUCGGACAACAACAACAACAAUUCAUAAUCGAAAACGUCGUCUCGUCGCCUCUCUUCUACGUCACCUUUGGCGUCGCGUUGGGCGUGGUCUUGGUCCAAAAGUUCGGCUCGAACGCGUCUUUACUCUUCUCCGCGUUACCGGUUGUUCUGUUGACGUGCGUAUCAAAAUCGGAUCUCGGCGACGGAUUGAGAGAGCAAGCGAGGAAAGCGAAAGAGGCAGACGAAGGAGGCACGGAAGGCGGGAGAGAAGGGAGGGAGAGGAUGCGAGCGUUGGCGAAAGCAAAGUUUCCAAUGUAUUUUGGAAAGGAAAGAGGACGGUGGAUGCCGCGAAAGUCUGUUUCUUUCUUCUCGGGAGGAGACUCUGAUGACGAUGCGUCGUCGUCGUUUAUGUUCCCUUCGUAUUUAGACGGGACGUUAGCGGGAGACGCGCAGUUCGAUCCUUUGCGCUUGAGCGAUACGGAGGAGAAGAGACGCAGAAACGUAGAGUUGGAGUUGUUGCACGGACGAUGGGCGAUGUUGGCGGUUGUAGGAGUGUGCGUUCCGGAGAUCUUAUCGAGAAGCGGCGCGUUAGAGCUGAGCGAACCGAUUUGGUGGAAGAUUGGAGAGAAGGUUUUGGAAGGCAUAGACGUGAAUUAUCUCGGGAUUGAGGGGUUUCACAUAGCAGGCGCGAGCGGCAUAAUUGGAAUCGCGUUUUGUCAAGCGGUUCUGAUGGGAGGUCCGGAGUACGCGAGAUACGUAGGGAUCGAGAGUCUAGAACCAGUUGGCGUAUAUUUACCGGGAGAUACGAAUUACCCGGGCGGAGGGCCGUUCGAUCCGUUUAAUUUGAGCGCGGACGCGGAGAGAGACGUGGAAUUGAGAGUAUCCGAGGUGAAACACGGACGAUUAGCGAUGAUUGCGAUGCUCGGUGUUUUCGCGCAAGCGUUCGUAACGAGAGAAGGACCGGUUGCGAACGUUUUGGAGUUUUUUUAG